AUGGAUCAACCAAUUGCAACAAGAAGAAUGGAGAAGCAGUUUGGAUUUGCUUCCAAUCUCCGGCGUCACAAUGCCGUUAUGGCAGAAGUGAAGGAUCAUUCGAUGUCAGCGUUCGCCAUGACGCUUGCAGAAAACAUCGAGGACUUUGUGAUUGACGACAUGACCAAUGAGGGUCUGACGAGAGGAUUGGCAAUAGAGGUACGUGCAGAGAGCACACUGCGCAAAAGGUUUGGAGGCCUAGACUUUUGGGUCACUUGCAAUAAUCCCUGUGGACCCAAACUUUGCAGGCUUCUUGUACUUGGAUUUAAGUAUUUUGGGUCUAAGUAUCAGUUCAACUGGAUCAUGUUGAUAUUUAAUGAUUUAGAACCGAAAAUUGCUCCCAAAAUGAUUUAAUACAAGUCCAAGGAUUUUGCAAAGUCCGGGCCUUUUGCUCAGCCUUGGUUACAUUGUAGGCUCGAUAAAUCACAAGUCAUUGAUAGAUUUUUCAGUUCUGCCGACUCAAAUGUCCACAGUGCGACAAGGAAGCAGCACACACACGAGCACUCAUUGAACACCUAGCAGAAAACCACAUGACAACGUCGGAGAGAAGCGUUUACCAUGAGACUAACUUGGUCUCGCCGGAAAUUAACAGAAUCUUACAAGAGGCAAUGAGAAUUCAGGGCGAGAACAGUUUCGCCAGGAGGUACGUCUUUUUUUAGAGUUUGCAAUGUGAAUGUAAUUUUCUGUUUCUAGAAAGUUUGCGAACGCAGGAAAAGGAUUGAUAGUGAGAACAUCAUCCCCGUUGUUCUCCUUCCUCGCACUGUACCACAUGAAGAUCUUCCUGCACACCCCGCCAUCAAACAAAGCCAAUCUGCCAGAAAAAAUCAUUCAGUGGAUCAUGAAGGUCAGUUCAAUGUUUCUUUAGUAAAUUGCGCGUAGUAUAGCUGAGAUUUAGACCAAGGCCUCGGGAUUAAUAACACAAUUUUCGGGGAAUUGAGUUUUGAAGAUUGGGGCGCCGCCUCUAAAGUGGGGCAUGAGCGAAUAUGUAGGGGUUCGAAAUCACGUUUUUUAUCGUGGACGAAUAAAGUCAGGAAGAGGGCAUAAGAGCAAAGUCUGAGCCCCGUGAAGGUUCGGUGAGCUUCAUGUGAGUAGAGGGCAAGAGUUAGACUGGUUCCUUACACUUGUUUCCAAGUUUAUCACCUUUUAUUUCAGAAAGACGCUGAGAACUACAAGAUCUUCUUCGUGUUCACCUACCAGGAGAGGGCGCUAAUAAAAAUCAGAGAAGAGCGAAAGAAGAAGGAGGAAGCUGCGUAAGUCCUCCAUAAACUACACCAGAUCCAAUUGAUUCGUAUUCAGGGAGAUGCAAGAACUGGAGAAGCUGUGCUGGCGUGCCUCCAUCACCAAUGAAGACAUUUUCUUCAAGAAGCGUAACACGGAGGAAAGUGACUGCUUGGCCAGCGCACUCAAUCUGUCUUCCGAUUACACAAAGGAACAGUUGGAGGAAGCGAUCAAGAAGGCCACUGCCUCUGGUCCUCUAAUUCUUGAGAGGUAUUUCAAGUCUCAAUGAAAAUCUUAAUGAGAACGUAUGAAUUUCAGCGCGCCGGCUAGUUACGAAGACAUCAAAACCGACGACGGAAGGUUGAUGAGUGCUGAAGAGCGUCGACUGAUUUCGACACUGACAACGGAUCGUCUGAAUGUUACUGGUGCCAAGCGUCGUUGUACUCAGAACAAGAAGUAUAAUUGUUGA